CAGUGGUUUUGGCCUAAGAAAAAAAAAAAAAAAAAGGAAAGGAAGACAGAAAAGAGCCGUUGGAGAGACGCAGAUACAACAAACAUGGCUGCCUUCGCGGCGUUCAUUAGCACAAUACUCCUUUCAAUUCUCAGCCAACACGUCGCGCAGGCGUGGAAGGAGUACCCAUCACCUGGCAUCCUUGUCAGCCGCCCAAACGCCUCCAGCCAUGAGACUCACAAGUACUGCAUCAACUUCUACCGACCAAUCACCAAACUGGCUGCUGACGAAGACUCGGCUCAAUACUACCCUGUCUCUGAUGCGCUGGAGUGGAAUGUGUGUAACGAGUUUGAGCCGCCUCCUGCCACUGCCGAUUUCAAGGACAGGAUGGUGUUCAUUGCCGAUGACAACUGCUCCACUGUAGACCAGGCCAGCAGAGUGCAGAGUUAUGGUGCUGUUGGUACCCUGAUAGUGAGAGACAAAGAGAAGAUUAUCAGCAUUAAUGAAACAAAAUACAACCUCACUCUGGCCUUUAUCCAUAACCUCACCUACAUGAAGAUCAUGGAAUCAGGGGAUGAGGUGACUGUGGCCCUGUACUCCCCAGUCAUCACCCCAUUUACUCCCAGCCUGGUGAUCAUAUGGUUUAUGGCCCUCUUCACCGUCUCUGUGGGUUCCUUCUGGUCCGGUAAAGUUCGCCAUAAGCUGUACCUGAACGAGAGGGAGACCAUAGUGAGAGUGCCAGGAGAGGGGGAGCCUGAGGGUGGGGGAGGAAUGCCGCAGGAAGAGACGUCCAUGAGUCUGUCACCCUUCAGCAUUGUGGGUUUUGUCAUCCUAAUGUGCCUCAUGCUGCUCAGUCUGUACUACUUCUACAAAUACCUGGUGUACGUCAUCAUGGCCAUGUUCUGCAUUGCCUCCUCCAUGGCUGUGUUCUCCUGCCUCCACCCACUGGUGUCCCGCAUCCCCUGUGGCACCUGCAGGACGCCUUACUUCAACAUCUAUCUGGUGAGGGGAACGCUGGAGCUGCGCCAGAUCCUGCUGCUGCUGUUUGCCGUCAGUAUGGCCAUAGUGUGGGUGGUGAUGAGGAAGGAACCCUGGGCCUGGAUCCUACAGGACGCUCUGGGUAUUGCAUUCUGUAUCAACGUUCUGCGGAUGAUCCGAUUACCAAACCUGAAGAUCUGUGCCAUCCUCCUGAGUGGCCUGGUGGUGUACGACAUCUUCUUUGUCUUCAUCACCCCUCUCAUCACAGCGGACCACAAGAGCAUUAUGGUGGAGGUGGCCAAGGGAGGGCCAAGCCAUGAACAACUCCCCAUUGUUCUGAAGGUGCCAAACUUUGCCAAGGAGAUCACUGAGGUGUGUUCCUCUAUAGAAGACUACAAUCUACUUGGUUUUGGUGACAUUCUGGUGCCUGGCCUCCUCAUAGCCUUUGCAUUCUCCUUCGACCUGCAAGUGGGAACACCUCGCUAUGUCUACUACUUGGUGAAUGUUAUAGGCUAUGGUGUGGGUCUCCUGGUCACCUUUGUUGCCUUGUGGCUUCUGAGUGGUGCCCAGCCAGCCCUCCUCUACCUGGUGCCCUUCACUCUCAUCCCCACCAUGCUCACAGCUCUCAUACGUGGGGAGUUCAAGGCCAUGUGGUCAGCUGACUCAGAUAAGCAACACCAUAAAUUUUGCUAGUGCCUUCCUCCACCACUCCUCUACUUUGUUUGCCAGUAUGAUAUGGAAAGUGGAGAUGAAGAAGGGGAAGCGGGCGUGGGUGAAGACGACAGCACAGAGGAGGACCUACCCCACGUCACUUAAAACUAUCCAGACCCAGGUAGCAGAUCAUCGCUGUUCAGUCCCUCGUCACUGCCCCGAGCUGUCUAAAGUGUAGCUCCCCUCACAUAAUGUUUCUUUGCUGAGGGGGUUGUUCCUUUGUAGGUUGUGAUGGAGCAGUAAGUGAAGUGAACUGAGAGAUUGGUGAGUGAUGGCCUGCCUUACCAUAUCAGCGUGACAUGUUGAGUGCAUUCCAAGCACUUAUGUGUGUGUCUGUGUGUUUUCACCUCACUGUGUGAUCUUGAGUGGUGAGAGAGACAAAGAGACAGAGAUUGACAUGCCUGAUAGGUCAUCCCAGCAGUGUACGAGUAUUAAACCAAAGGGUGUCGGAAGUAUUAAAGACAUGUUUGCCUGUUGACAUUUCCUUCUAAGUGAAACAAAAGCUGUACAUAAUAUCAUGCAAACAAACUUUCUUACUACAUAGAUCUGUGCAUGGUAGAGUCUCCUUGGUGGCGCUGAAGCUUGUUCUUUCAAGGCCAAUUAGAACUAGACGCUGCAAUGUAAGAGAGAGACAGUGGGUGAAAGAACUUCCGUUUCUGAGUGGAUGAGAGAUUGUGAUUCUGUCUUGCUGCAGCAGUAGGUAAGUUGGUGCGUAGACAAUAACAUCAGUGGCUGGGAGUAAAGGGAGGGUUUUAAGAGAUUACUGGGUUCACAGGAAGAGUUAAACUGGCAGUUGUAGAGUAUAAGGGAAAAAAUUGUGUGGAAGGAGGGGAGUUAGAAGCACUGGGAUUGUGAUGCUGUGUGAUGCUAAAGGUAGAAUGAACUUUAGAAAUGUGAUGUCUAUUUGUGAUGCCUCUUUUUAAUAAUCUCUCUUUAUCAGGCUUUAAUCACGAACUUGCACAAAGGCUUAUAACUUUUCAUAAUUCUAAGGUCAGUAGAUUUAAAUUGUUACUAAUGUACCAUUGGGGAAAGUCUAACCUAGUAUAAGAAAUGGGUGGAAAAAAACUGAAAACUGGUGAACUAUUUUGAUCAUAUAGGAAAGUGUUAAUCUUCACACAUCAAAAAAUUGAACACGCAGUUUUACAUUUUGUUUUCAUCACAGACUUAACAGGGUAGAGUUUUCCCAAUAGUGCAUUUACAGUGUCCUAAAGCAGGUUAUCAAAGAGUUUUCUUGAGAUUUGCAUUUUUUGAAGUUUGAAGAAUUGCAGAAUGCUUGAUGGUGCAAAUUUUAAAAGGCAUUGAUUUUUAAUUAUAGUUUUUUAUAACUGGGUAAUUUAUGUCUUAAAUGUAGUAACUCUAUUUUCAGGAAUGGUUUAGUAAAGAAUUAGUCAUUUCAUUUAUCUAUUCUGUUUUGUUUUUUGUAGUAUAAUUUGUUUGAAUUAUUUAUGUUCAAUAUUUUAUGUGUCAAAUGUUGUCUUUCUCUAUUUACUCUUGCUUCUUCUGUUACCAAGCUUCGUUUAUUAUAGAGUUUGUUGACUUUGUUGUGCAGGACUGGGUGUGUUUGGCCUCAGUGAGAUUACAGUAACAGAGUAUUAGUUUGUGUGUGUGUGUGUGUGUGUGUGUGUGUGUGUGUGUUCUGUAUUUUGAUCAUAAAUGCACAAAUGAUGUAGUGUUUCCUCUUUGCAAGUAAGAUUUAAGAGAUUUCUAACACACACACACACACACACACACACACACACACACACACACACACACACACACACACACACCGCGUAGUGUAGUGGUUAGCACGCUCGGCUCACAACCAAGAAGGCCCGGGUUCGAAUCCCGGGCGCGGCAAGGCAAAUGGGCGAGCCUCUUAAUGUGUAGCCCCUGUUCACCUAGCAGCAAGUAGGUACAGGAUGUAACACGAGGGGUUGUGACCUCGCUGUCCCGGUGUGUAGUGUGUCAGUGGUCUCAGUCCUACCCAAAGAUCGGUCACUAUGAGCUCUGAGCUCUUUCCGUAGGGGAACGGCUGGCUAGGUACAGCUGGUUGGGUGACCAGCCGACGACCAUAGGUGAAUCACACACACACACACACACACUUGAUAGAUAGAUACCUAAUCCAUAGAACCACAUUAUUAAGUAAAAAAAAAAAAAAUACAAAUUAAGAAUAAAAAACUUUGAAUCUGUACAAAAAUUAAUAAAAACGAUCGUCCAUUAAAAUUAUCAACACACACACACACACACACACACACACACACACACACUGGUGCGCGCUAUAAGAUAUAACGAGGAUGAGAGUCGAGUCCUGUUUCUGACGUUGGCUUUCGUAUUACUACUGUCCUAGACUUGCAAGGAGGGAGGAAAAGGGCAAGUGUCCGCUUUAAUUUUUCACAACUCACGGCUGGUAUAAGUACAUUGCUCUUCGUUGUACUAUCAGUUUUUUGGUGCGAUUUUCAAAUAAAUAUUUUGGUAAAA